CCUCAUCUUCAUCUCCACAGCUUACAUUGUCACAAUUUUGAACCAUCCUGCUACUGACUUACCAUACUUAACAAUUUGAUCAAACUUUUCCUGUUUUCUGUCCUCCGUCCAUUUACACCCUUGUUUUUAAACAGUUUUGAAACCACAAUGGGAAGCUCCAAAUCGUCACCACGACAAUCACCUCGACAUAAUCCGUUAGGAGCGAACGAAGGAAGAAGCAUCAGUGGAUCUAACACCCCCAAGCCAAUCGAUCUAAAGAUUUUUUGCAUUAUCGAGGGAGAAGCAACUUCUUUUUCUGUAAAGAUUCUUUCCAAUUGUUCAGUCGAUGAACUCAAGCAAGCCAUCAAGGCAGCGAAGAAAAAUGCGUUUAAGGACUUCGAUGCUGACCAGCUCACGCUCUGGAGAACAGUCAACCCCAGGAGAGAUAAGGACAAUAAAGUAGAUCUUGAUGGCACCGUUGAAAAGACAGAGCUCGAUGACGAGAGGGCACUUCUUUCUGAGCUGGACGAGCUGACCAGCCGAAGGACAUAUGUUAUUGUCAAGCUGCCGCCGCCAGCCCCAAGAAGUCCAAAAAGGAGCCUAGAAGACAUAGAAGACGGAGGUUCAGAAGAGCACUUUACAAAGCGCCUUCGCCCCUCGGAAUCCCGAGAAGUUUAUACUUUAGCCAAUGGGCAGACAGUAUCUUUACCCAAGUUCAUGAUAGAUAUGCUCAAUGAGACCAGCCUCCAGCCGGAAAGUCGCUUGAAUUUCUCAUCACUGAAGGAUGUUAAGGUAGGCGAAGAGGUCGAGAUAAGAAGCCUUGGUCGUAGCCCAAAGUUCUUUGGAUUAGCUAGUCAGAAUCUCCUUGUUACCGAGCAGAUGAUGGAAUUAUGGGAAGCGAUGACCGAGUCUAAGUUUCCGUUUACAAAAUGUUUGUCUGGCCCCAUGGGAGUCGGGAAGUCCUAUAUAACCUGGUUUCUUGCCGCUAAGGCAUAUGCUCACGGCUGGCAAGUUCUUUACAUCCCUGAUGCAAAGAACUUUUCUGUCUGUAGGGCGGAAGAUGACGCAUCAGCAAUAAUUUGUCAGAUCUUCCUAGAUCUCAAUAAGGAUAUCUUGACUGCAGAAGAACUCUCCAUCAUGGCAAACCUUGAAAGCAGUGGAUCACUUAUUUCAACUAUUGCUAGGCAUAUAAUAUGCUUAUUCCAACGAGGACGUCAAAAGACUCUCUUCAUCGUCGAUGAGCAUGGUUCUUUGUUUUAUGGUGACAAAGCAGCAACAGAUAGGUUUCCUGUCCUGUCUAAUCUGGAUAGCUUCAACACUUGGUUAACAAAUGGUGGUGGAGUAUGUGUUGUGUUUACGGGCACUGCGCAUGGCAAGUUUGAAAGGACCAUCCUCAGGGAUCCAGACGAAUAUCUCGUUUAUGUCGAACCUUUAUCACAAGAUACAUUCGAAAAACUAUUCAAAAUUACCAUUGCUCCCUUCGAUUUGACAUCUCAAAAGAGCCUCAUGAGCCGCAUGAACGCAAUUAUCGGGAUUAUCAACCGAGUGCCACGUGAUUUGGUCAGAUUCGCCAAAUCAAUUAUGCUCAUAAAAGGAGGACAGCUCACGGUGGAACAGAUCGACGACGGUUUAGAAGCAUACGACAGAAAAUGCUUCGAUUCCUAUUCCAAUGAAAUAUCGGCUCAUUUGAACAAGCUCGAAGGAAUCUGGAAGGAAAUAACUAUCCAAGCGCUGACAAAAAUGUUCUUACCUGGACGUCAGGGCUCACAACCGGGAACUUUUGGAUGGGAGUUCCUUGAUACGGGGAUGGUUUAUCGGUCGACUAACGAGAGAAAUGUGCCUGAAUACCGUCCCAUUAAUUACCCUGCACAAAGAGCGAUAUUGAAUUUAUACAGAGUCAUCCCAUUGCCAGAUUCUCUUCGAAGUGUACUUGCUUCUGGUAAUUUUGAUGGGAGCCAAUUUCAAGAGGCCCUAUUUCGGGAGCUUAUUAGAGGAUAUUCUCAUACAUUCGAGUCAACAGAUCUUGCAGGCGGAAACAAGAUGGAUACUAUUUUCAACAUCUCGGGAUACGAGCUAUUAGGAAAGCCACCAAGGAUGCUUGGAACUGUAGAAGAAGAUGGCAAAAGGAUCCUGAUAAACGGAGGCUCGUAUGCACGAUUCGAUUUUAUAUUGGGCUACAUGUUCAUCCAAGUGUCGGUUAGUUCGUUCACGGUCCAUAACGACCCAAAUCGCUCAACAUGCAUUGACAGGGCAUUUUGGAAAAGGAAGACCACAGGCAAGAACCAGAUUGAGGAAUAUUUGGAUGUUGCAUUUGGUGGUGUUCACCAAGCAACUAUGACUGAAGAGCCUGCUGAUGACAAGAACGACAAUAUAACCAGCAAUAACAAGGGAAAGAGCAAUAGGGGGAGAGGUAACAACCAGAGCGAUGGCAAAGGAACCAAUAACGGAGUUAAGAAAAGAAAGAAGGGAAAUGAUGAGGGUAGUGAUAACAAGAAUGGUGAAGGGAGCAGUAAGAAAAGAAAGACCGUCAAGAAGUUUGCGGUCACAAGAGAUGGAAAGCCCUGCAAUGACUUUCAAAUUGUCUACAUCUGUGGUGGAAAUAAAGCUGAUAAAAAUGCAGAGCCUCCUAAUCACACAGGCAAAGUCACCGAAUAUCCUCAAGUCAGACAUAUAUGCUACGAUGAACUCAAGUCGAAGUUAUUUCGGGCUUAAAUGUCGUAGUCACCUAAAUCAACUCGAAAUUUUGGACAGUC